UGUAAGGCCCAGCAAUUUGCUUCUUCGUCAGCAGAUGCAAGAGAAGAAAGGAUGCAGUGGGAGGAGGAGGAGGAGGAGGAGGAAGAGGCGAGAGAGGCGAUGGACAGUCGCACUCGCCACCCUCCUCGCCUUCGCCUUCACCUUCACCUUUUUCUUCUACCUUACACAUACCUUGAAGGAAGAAGCUAAGAUGCACGUCCCGUCGCUCAUUGCCCUAGGCCUUACGCUCUUGUCCUCGACGACCGCGGCAGUCUUUCCUGGCCUGCCCGUUCUCGACGACGGCAACGAGGUUCUAAACCGUGGUCUGGACCCAAACAUCUUCCACCGUCUUGGCCAGUACGCGCCUCGUUACACCGUUGACAACACGACCGCUGGCCAGCUCGCGGCCUUCCCACCUCCCGGCUGCUUGGUGGAGCAGGUCACCUCGCUUGAGCGCCACGGUGCGCGCCACUUCACUUCGAAUGCUCUCAAGGCGGCCAACACGACGCUGACCAAGGUCAAGGCGGCUGCCCAGCAAGCCGGUACCAGCCUUGCACCCGAGCUCCAAUUCCUGCUCAACGCCACGCUGCUCACGCAGACGGACUCGCUGGUGCCCUACGGCGCGCUCCAGGCGUGGUACAGCGGCCGAUCGACGGCGGCACGAUACCCUACGCUGGGGGGAAGCGCGCCGUUUGUGCGCACGACGGGCGAUGCGGCCGACCUCGACGACCGUGUUAUUCUCACGGCAAAGUACUGGCGGCUCGGCUACACCGGCGGCGCAUUUCCCGCGGGUGACUUGAGGACAUCGGACGACGUGAGGGCAGCCUCCACGAGCCUGCCUGACCCCAACGUGGUCUUCUCGGAGCGCGAUGGCAUCAACAACACCCUCGACGUCUCGACGUGCCCCGGCGACGAGGCAAGGACCAGCGCCGAGGGCGAAUCGGGGCACCAGCAGACCUACGCAAAGGCAGCCCUGGUCCCCACUGUUGGUGUGCGACUCGCCCAGCGCUUCGGGACCGCACAGAUCAAUCUGACGGCCACAGACCUCAUCAAUCUGUCCAACUUGUGCAGCUUCGACACCCUGGCUAGGGCUGCCGUCGUCUCUGGCGGCAAGCUCCAGCUGAACCAGAGCGCCUUUUGUGGCGUCUUUCAGGCUGCAGAAUGGGAGAAGAUCGGCUAUGUAUACGACGUCGGCAAAUACUACGGCGCAGGUUACGGCGAUGAGAAGUACUACAAGGCCCUCGGCCAGGGUUUCUUGAGGGAGCUCAUCUCGAGGCUCACAGAGCAGGCUCCUCCACCUCACCUCCAAGAUGCGCCGACGAGUCUCAACUCGACGCUGGACGGCAGCAACGCCACCUUCCCCGUCAAGGGCUACCGCGUCUUCUUUGACGGGUCUCACGACAACAACAUCGGACCGAUCGCUGCCGCUGCCGGCCUCUUCAAUGGUCCUACACUCGGAACAGGCGCAGACGCAGCGACUCAGCCUCACGCCUGGGUCUUUUCCCACAUUGCUCCCCUGCAGGGCAAGCUCGUCUUUGAGCGUCUGGGCUGUGGAACGGCCAAAUAUGUGCGAAUCCGCGCAAACGGACAGGUGCUCCCGCCCGACGACAGCUGGUGCCCUGCCGCUGCCAACAGCACGGGCCAUCCCCUCGCACGCAAGGGCAAUCUCUGUCCGCUCGAUGACUUUGUCGCCAAUUUGGCCUUCGUCGAAACCGACACCGAGUGGAACAAGUGUUACUCUUAGUCAAUCUUUCUCUCUGUUCAAGACUUAGAAAUCAG